AUGCCUUCAGCCGUCGUAAAUACCACGGUUCAAUCCUGUGUCUUAUCGGGGAUCAGCAAUAUUAUCGCACAAUUUAUCUCGGCAUACCAGAGCAAUACUGAUUUCACGAUAAACUGGACACCGACAAUCCUCCUCGAAUCUCUUCUCCCCUCCAAGAAACAAUCUUCCCCACGAAAUGUCUCUGAAAAGAAAGCCGCACAGUCCAAACCAGCUCUCUCAGUCACCAAUACCAUUCUAAAAGUGCUCAUCGAUCAAACCCUCCUCGCAGUCCUCAACGUAAUGCUAUUCCUCAUAACCUUUUCCCUCUUCCGCGGAGCCACUCUUCCACAAGCUAUCCAGUCUGCAGAAUCCGAAUACUGGGGUAUGAUGAAAGCAGGAUGGAAGCUAUGGCCAUUUAUUAGUCUGAGCAAUUUUGCCGUGAUCAAGAGUGUCCAGGGCCGGGCUUUGUUGGGGAGUUUGGCGGGGAUCGGCUGGAAUGUUUAUUUGGGAUUGGUGCAGGGUGGGAAGUGA